AUGGCGCCCGCCGCUCGCCGUGUGCCUCCUGCUGCAGCCGCUGUGCUCGUCCUAGCGCUGGCCGCUGCCGGCGUCGCCGGGCACGCCACCGAGAAGACGAAGCGGCAGAUCUUCCGGGAGCAGGUGCUGCCCCACACCGGCGGCAAGAUUCCGUCGGGGGCGUUCCGGGCUGACCGGCUGGUGCUCAACAGGCUCAACAAGGAGGGCAUCGCCGUGCCAGACGGCAUCUUGCUGGACGCCCGCAAGCGCCAUAAGGAUCCCACGCAGCGCGGAGGGUCCGACCUGGAGGCCGCUGUCGUGAAGGUGACGCUGACGGACGACGGACGAUACACGGCGCCGGAGGGCCGGCUGCAUGCCACGCACCCGGAGACGGUCGACUCCACGUACAUCAUCCGGCCGCCGUUCAAGGGCUUCGGCCGCCAGCACGGGCUGUGGCCGCCGAGGCCGCGACCUGCGCACAGCUUCGCCGUCCCAGCCAGCCGCCCCCUGCAGCAGCAGCCGCCGCAGCCUCAAACGCUCUACGGCCGACCGGCUGCGGCGUGGGCCCCCCGCGCCUUCCCGCGGCUGUCUGACUCCGAGGCGGACGCCAGCUUCAGCUGCGCCGGCCGCUCGCCAGACCGCCUCUACGCAGACCUGCGGUCCCGCUGCCAGGGUUUUCACGUGUGCCAGAGGGACGGGCGGCGGGAUUCGUUCCUGUGUCCUCACGGUACGGCCUUCAACGAGCUGACGGAGCAGUGUGACUGGUGGCAUAACGUCAAGUGCUUCUGAAGUUGCGGGAGCAUUCAGUUCAGCCGUUGCCUGCAGCUUAUCCAUCACUACCUCACGGUGGAACACUCAUACGACAUACAAUAGAAAUCACGUUCCACCCUUUCGCUUCUCCUCACCUCUCCAGUUCCACCAAUUUUCAUAUACUGGACGUGCCCUUAAAAUAUUUUUUUUUCGACUUCAUUUCGGGGCACAGUGCAUACGUCAUGGAAUUCAUCGUCAUAUCAACAUCAGUCUUCAAGAUUAUAUAAGCCUCAUCAUUUUUCAGUAGUUCACUUUUUUUUUAUUCGCAACAUCUUGUUCCAUAUAUUAUAAUAAUCUAUUCGUUAUCUGCUAGCACAUCAGUAUUUGUUUGCGUGCGUGGGCGGUCAUUAAUCGCUUCCAUAGUCCCAUUAAUUUCAUUAAUAAGUACCGGAAGACUGUAUGAUUAAACGUGAUAUUAAAAAAAAAUGCUACAAGAAUUUAAAAUACGCUUAUCCACCUCGUAUUCCUCAGCUUCCAUUUAAUGUAGAUAAUUUCUCAUUUGAUUCAAUAACUGCAUGGAAUGCAGGCAAAUUAGACUGUUGAAAAGAAGGUAGCGAAGACUCUGUAAUAGCAGGUUGUCAGCCCACAAAUUGAACGACAUGACAAAUAUUCACCCGUUCAAAGUUUACGAAAUUCUUCAGAAUGAUUAUCGUUUACAGAUAACUUUUUGUCGUUAACAAAUCGAAAAGAAGGUACGUUUGUUUAUAUUUUGACAAGAGCAGCUACCAACUCCGGUUCUUCCGGGGUUAAAAUCUCAACUUCUCAAUACGGAAUCCAAGUUUAAUGGUUUUCUUUGAACCUAGUUCGGAAUGCUGUUCCAUACUGAUUACUAUCACUGACCAUUUAACUGACUGAUAAAGUACUGAUUUAUAUUUACUGUCUCAUGUUAUCGUUACGUCCAGUUUUAAGCUGAGUGCAACAAAAAUACAUGUAAACACAGUAGAGAAACAUUGUUUGAAAAUAGGAGCUCCCUCAGAAAUCACAUUUUUCCGAAGUAAUCCCAUUUAGCUCACUGGAAGAAAACGAAGACUUACGUUUCCAUUUAACGUUCACUCUCGGGAGCAGGGGAGAACGUUUUAUGUUCUCAAAGAGUAUCAUGAAAGUGACAAAGGCUGUCCUCGAUUACUAAUGGGACUCAGCACUCAAGACUAAAUGACUGCCAUAGAUAAAUUAAGGUUUCUCGCAAACUAAAGUAUGUACAUGUUUCCAACCAUCUGCUGCAACGAUAUCUGCGAGCUCUAAGAAACGAAUUACUGAAACUGCUAGUACCACAAAAGACCAUAAAAUACUUAUUGUACAGGGCAGGCAGCCACGUCGUUCCAGGUUAACAUUUCAUGUUGUUAUAGUUGAAUCCCAGUGGAAGAAAUGGCGUAUUUAUAUCCAAUUGCCACCAAUAGGCUAUGGCCCAUCGUGCCUCUCUUAACGUCGCGUCGAGAAGAGGACCACAAACUAUUGUGCCAAUCACUUUAUAAGUUCACAUAGCUAAUGAAAUAAAUUAUAAAAACAUAGAAGAGUCAAUGAAACAAAUGGGUGAUGGAGCAGUAUUCCGAAAUACAAGAUAUAUCUAAUGGACUCUAUACAAGUUAACACGGUGAUCAGAGACUGGAAUAGAAGAAACUAAUUCUACACUUCCUGGAUCACUGUUUUUAUUUGUGACUAUGUCGCAGCUUGUAUUCUCAGCAUGUCAUACGACAUACCUGGAAACUGCGUGCCGGAUUAGGACUUGAAACAAGAUUCCUACAUUUCUCAGGCAGUGCAAGAAACAUGAAUUCACAUGGAUCAGAACAGUGCUGAAGUUUAGAGCUGUAAUGCUUAACUUUCGUGAGUAUUAAGGAACGUGCACGAGUUGCAUUAAAAAGUUCAACACAAUUGCAAUAAUUUUAGAUAACCAUUAAUAAUAUACCCAAAUAUCAAGCAUUAAAAUGUUUCGUCAAUAAAUUCUGUCUGUACAAUAUUUUUUAACCUGUGCAAUUAUUAGGGGUACUCAAAAAAAUUGCUUUUAAAACAAGUAUAUGAAGUCACUAACAAUUUCCGGUAGAUUUAUAAAAGAAAAAAUUUGCAUUGAUUAACAGGUUGAAUGAUAGUGAAAUUUAUUAAUUUUAACUUUUAGAGCUGAUUUAUCUUCUUCUGAAUUCAGACCUGGAACAUAAGUUGGGCAAGUCCUCACUAAAAUGUCUCAGGGUUACGCACAAGGUAAUUGGCUAGUAAGUAACAAUUUGCAUUUGCAUAUACAUCAAAGACACAAUUAGGAUUGCCAAAUAAUUCUUUAUUAUUUAUUCUCAAACCCUUACACAGCUCUGAAACCGGCUGCUGUACAAGAAUCCUUUAUAAGAUAGUAGGGGGCGCGAGGUUUCACGUUUAGGAUGAAAAGAUGAUUAGAUGUUAACGGGUAUUUAGGUUGCAUCAAUAAUUUUUCUGAAAGUUCUCCAAUUAUUACGCAAAACUGUAAAUACUAACUCGUCUAUGCGAAUGGUUCAGACGAUACUGUUACACGUUCCUCGCGUGCGUCGGAAUUUUUCCACUGUCUGCGCACUCUGUGUGAAACUGAAUGUCUCGACACUCAGAAUAAUAUGAGUCUUUCUUUACACUUCGGUACCUGGGAGUGGCUUUACCGUACGAUGGAGAUUUCCACCCAACGAAAAUACAAGUAUUUUCCGGAGUUUUGGGCUGACAGUCUUGAACCUUCACGUGUGUUUUCGGUAUUUCUCUCAGAACUAUUGACUGUAGUAUUUUCAAACAAUUUCGGCAGAAAUAUUUUAGCAUAUAGCUAUUAAAAUGAAUAAUAAACUAUCUGAGACUUGGAUGUUUUUCCCCAGCAUUGUUCAUCUAUUCAUUCCAUCAGUGCUUUUUGGCAACAUUACUACAAAACCUGUUCGUGAACACUGAAUUUGGCUACCUAACAGAAUGGCACUCCACAGGACAAACCGCUCUUGUGCGCUGUGCCUUAAUCAGCAUCACGAUACUUAUAUUCAUCUUGUGGAAAGGUAGCAUACUAUGUACGAUCAGCUAUACGAAUGUAUACAAUAACCAUUUCAUUUUCAUUUUUAUACUGUUCUUUUUUAUACUUUAUAUGUGUAUAUUUGUAGUAAAAAUAAAAAAUCUAAUUGAA